AUGUUGGCUUUUAGAGAUUUGCAUUAUCUGCUUCUGUCUCUGUAAGAGGAGAAAUACUUCAUGGCGAAAAUAUUUAUAAAGCCUCCCCCUGCACUUUGAUUGUGGCGAUAAACUGUCGUUUCAGCGAAUGCUGAAGCUGGGAGGAGGAGGAGGAGGAGCAACAACAACCGGAGGGACUUUUGAAACCCUCAAUAGCCCUUCAUCCUAGUGCGUCCGUGGAAACGAAACACAGGAGCAGCAGCCAAGGCAGUCGGGGUUGCUGUGAUAUUUUAUUUGAUAUUGUUUUUCUGCCUAAUUAUUUUUUGUUUCCCUACGGGCCUUGUGUUUUUUUUAAAGCAGAAAUUUAAUUCCGAAACCAGAGAUUUUGCAUAUCUAUAGAGUAUGGAAUCUAUAUCCAAACGUGUCCAUGUAGGAAGUCCGCUGCUGAGCUUGGAGAACAUUGAACAUCAUGAGAAGUCAGUUCAACAAAAGCCAGUCCCUCAUCAUGUGACUAUCACAGGAUUAAGAAACUGCAAUGAAGCUGAUGUGAUUAGCCAGGCUACCAACAGCAAAGCUAUAGUUUCCGCUUUGAAAAGUCUUCAGGAAAAGAUUCGGUGUUUAGAGGUGGAGCGGGCAGAAGCUGAAAAGAAAAUGCAAAGACUAAGCUAUGAGUCAGUUCACUACAAAAAUAUUGUGGAGCAAGAAAAGGAAAAGAACACCAACGUUAAGACAAAAGUACCUAAUGAACUUGCUGUUCAGUUGGCAGCUGUUGAAGGCCGCUGUUCACUUUUGGAGAAACAGUUAGAAUAUAUGAGGACGAUGGUGGACCAUACAGCAACAGAGAAGAACAUUUUAUUGGAGAAACAGGCCUCGCUGCAGAUAGAUAGGCAGUGGAACCAUGCAGAGCUGCAAUCAAAGCUUGAAAAGCUGGAAAUUCUAGAACAAGAGUGUCUAAAAGUCAAUUUAACACAGACCAGAGCUGAAAGUAAAAUUUAUGAACUACAACAGAAGCUUCAGGAAGAAGAACAUCAGCGUAAACUGAUCCAAGAUAAAGCAGCUCAGCUUCAGACUGGACUUGAAAUGAACAGAAUACUUAUAGGAUCCUGUUCUACAAAAAAGAAAAAGAAAACCAAGAAAAAGAAAGACGUUGUGAAGAAUGAGGUGAGAGGAAAAAACUCUUGUUCACUUCGUGUUUGGCCAGGCCUUGCUGAAUUUCCGUUUGUCGCUGGCACAUCCAUUAGUUCCAGUCAUUCUGUCACAGCAAAUGUACAGAAUGUUUUCCAUCUGAUGAAGCAUUAUAACACAAUGAUGUCUGAUGGAAGACAAAAGCUCCCUGUGCAAAGAACUCUUAAGAAUUCACAAAAAACAACUUAUGACAAUGGCAAAGUGAAGAAUGAGGAUCUACAUCUUGUAUCAUGCUAUUCCUCCUCCUCUUCACCAACUGAGGGGCUCUCGGAGAUCCUCUUAGCAUUGCAGGAUGAGCUGGGCCAAAUGAGCUUUGAGCAUCAAGACCUGCUAAAACAAAUACAAGGUACUAAAAAUACUGAUGUCUGUGAAGAUUUAGAACGUGAACUUGACUGUCUCGUAAAACGGAUGGAGAAAAAAGGGGAUCAGAUUUCUAAACUCAAGAAACACCAGAACAACGUUGAGAAAUUGAAGGUAAAAGCAAAAAAACUGACGAGGGAGAUGGCUAACACUAAGAAGCGAGCAAAAGCUUUAGAUGAAAUGAAGGAAGUGCCAGUUACCCCCAGGGGAACAGAAUUUUCAGUCAAAACAACUUCUGCUCCUGGCCAGAAAGGAAAGGAGAGCCUUCAGCUGCUCAGGAAUGCACAGAAACUGCAGCUAACCCUCAGGCAAAAUGACAUCACAUGGGAGCAGUGAUCACUGUGGUUCAGAAGACAAUGUCUGUAAAUUUGAUUCUGAUGUACGUAAUUAAUACAUUACUACAGAGUAGCUUUAUGAAUCUGUACACUUUUUACUGUGUUUUUUGACCUGAUUCUUGUUGCUUUGAAAUGGACUUGAAAUACUGCAGAUAAUCAUAUGGGGGUAAUGUACUUGAAAUGUAAGUGUUUUUUACAUUCUCAAAUGUUUAAUCUAUUAAAAUGAUUUACAAUAUGCAUUUGGUGCAACCUAUCUGUAGCAAUAUUCUUGUUGGAAAUAGGUUGCUGACCAUCUUCAAUGUUUUGUCCAUGUAUAUCUUGUGUAUAUAAAUUAAUAAAAACACUUGAGGAUCUGCUGUGUCCCUUAUCUGCC